UGCACGGAAGUUUGAUCUAUAAAUAUUUAGCAAAAAAAAAAACAACAAUAGAGAGACGUAACGUAACAACCUCGGCUUCUACGACUAGGAGUCGAAGUCGACUGACGACUCACGACUGGCGUAGCGUAGGAGGCGGCGGUUCCAAGCGACCAUCCAAUAAUCGCCACCCUCACGCGAGAAAUCCCCGAACACAUACGAUUUCUGCCAGUCUGAAGUUUUGGACUUUAUGUGAGCUGUUGCCAAUUCAACUGCUUCUGCUACACGAUCCAUUAACUGCUUUCCGAUCCGUGUUCUGUGAUGUUUGCCCUCUUCCUCAGGGCCAAUUUGGCAAUUUGUCAGAACACACACAGGCAACUUUUGGGGAACUACACGUGUAUGGAGUUUUAUUAGUAUUCCAGGGGCGUCACAAUGGCAUACUUUCCUGAUGAAGUAGUAGGGUAUAUCCUUGGUUAUGUAACGUCGCAUCAGGACCGCAACGCGGUGUCCUUGGUCUGCCGGGCAUGGUACGACAUUGAGCGUCAUGGCCGCCAUUCAGUGCUUGUAAGAAACUGUUAUGCGGUGUGCCCAGAGCGUGUACACAUGCGGUUUCCCAACAUGCGUGCACUGAGCUUGAAGGGCAAACCGCACUUUGCUGAAUUCAACCUUGUCCCGGCGGGUUGGGGUGCCACUGCAAAUCCAUGGGUGGAUGCGUGCGCCCGUGCAUGCCCAGGUCUUGAGGAGCUCCGGCUGAAGUUUAUGGUUGUGACUGAUGAAUGCCUCAAGUUGCUUUCUCUAUCCUUUACCAACUUUAAAUCACUUGUCCUUGUUUGUUGUGAGGGGUUCAGUACUACCGGGCUUGCUAAUAUUGCCACCAAUUGCAGGUUUCUUAAGGAACUAGACUUACAAAAGAGUUGUGUGAAACAUCAAGACCAUCAGUGGAUUAAUUGUUUUCCCAAGUCUUCAACAUCACUAGAAUGCUUGAAUUUUUCCUGCUUGACUGGGGAGGUGAAUGCUGUUGCACUGGAGGAACUUGUUGCAAGGAGUCCAAAUCUUAAAAGUUUAAGGCUGAAUCUUGCAGUUCCAUUUGAUGUUUUGUCCAGAAUCCUUUCUCGCACACCUAAGCUAGAGGAUUUAGGCACAGGAUCCUUUUUACAAGGCAAUGACCCUGCUGCAUAUGCCAGUUUAUGUAGAGCUCUUGAGAACUGCACUUCACUGAAGAGUAUAUCUGGUUUUUGGGAUGCUCCAGGCUUUUAUGUUCAAGGAAUUUUGUCAAAUUGCAAGAUCAGAAAUCUUACAUGCUUGAAUCUCAGCUAUGCUACAUUGAUUCAGAGUACCCAGCUUAUCGGUAUUAUUCGUCAUUGUAAGAAGCUCCAUGUCUUAUGGGUGUUAGAUCACAUUGGUGAUGAGGGCUUGAAGGCUGUGUCCUUUUCUUGUCCUGAUCUUCAGGAGUUGAGGGUAUAUCCAAGUGUUGUUGCACCAAGAGGUACUGUGACGGAGGAAGGGUUGGUAGCCCUAUCUUCGUGUCGGAAGUUACAGCAUGUGCUCUUCUCUUGUGUUCGAAUGACAAACACGGCGCUGAUGACAAUAGCAAGGUACUGCCCACGGCUAACGUCCUUCAGACUAUGCAUUCGCAAGCCCAGGUCAGCAGACGCCGUCACAGGACAGCCACUGGACGAAGGCUUUGGGGCGAUAGUGCGGUCCUGCAGAGGCCUGAGGCGUCUUGCCAUGUCCGGCCUCCUCACGGACAGCGUGUUCCUGUACAUCGGCAUGUACGCGGAGAAGCUGGAGAUGCUCUCGGUAACGUUCGCGGGGGACACCGACGACGGCAUGGUCUAUGUGCUCAAUGGCUGCAGGAACCUCAAGAAGCUGGUAAUCAAGGAGAGCCCCUUCGGUGACGCCGCUCUCCUCGCGGGCGCGCACAGGUACGAGUCAAUGCGCAGUCUCUGGAUGUCGUCCUGCCAGAUCACCCUGGGUGGCUGCAAGGCCCUUGCGGCCACCAUGCCAAACAUCAAUGUCGAGGUCAUCGGUGGGGCGAGCUUUGGUGCGAUGGAUGGUGGUGUCAGCGGUGCGAGGAAGGUGGACAUGCUCUACCUCUACCGUACUCUGGCUGGACCUAGAUGCGAUACGCCAGGGUUCGUCUCGAUAUUGUGAGCUGUAUCUAUGGCUACUGUUGGUGGCGUUCAGGGAAACCCGAUGUUCUUAACCGUGCCUGCUGCGGGCUGUGGCUGUGCUACUGUCUGGUAGUGUUUCGGAAACAUGAUGUUUAUUUGCGUAAGGUAGUGUUUGGUUCUGGAACCAUUUUAAGCCUUGUUCAGAUAUUCAUAUACCUCAUGGAUUGGAAGUGAUUAGAAAAAAAUAUGAAUAAUUUUGACUUACUAUGUAUUGAAA